ACAAAAUGAGGGCUGUGAGAUACCAAAGAAAGUUACCAGCAAGCUGGCCUGGGGAACAACCCAGAGUAGGUGCAUGGACAGCUCUUCCCAAGCCACCUGCGUCAAUGAACACCACCAAUGUGACACAGUGCCAGCCAUGGGAACUCCACCUUGCCAUCCCAGUCCUUUUUGGCAUCCUGUCAGUGGGCGGACUGGUCUUCAACAGCAUCAGCCUCUGGAUCUUCUGGUUCGCUAUCAAGCGCUGGAAUUCCAGCAUCAUGCUUCAGUUCAACCUUGCCUUGGUGGACGUCAUCAUCUUGCCGGUCACGCCGCUGAUGGUGACCUAUUUCAGCUUGGGUAACCACUGGCCCUUCGGACAGUUCAUCUGCCAGUUUCAAGGCUUCCUGCUCAGCACCCACCUGUAUGGAAGCAUCUACUUCCUGAUGCUCAUCGGUGUCCACAGAUACCAAGCCGUGGUCCACUACAAUGCCAAGUCUCUUUGGAGGCAGAAGUCCUUCUUGAAAAAGCUGGUCUUGGUCUUCUGGGCUUUCCUCAUUCUGCAAGGGCUCCCGCUCUUCUUCUUCCUCAGGACGGCAGUCAUUGGGAACUCAGUCAAGUGUCUGAGCAUCUACCAGACAGAGCUGACUUAUCUCUUUCUAGCCUAUAGCACUGCCCUAGGGCUCAUCUGCUUCCUCAUCCCCUUUGUCAUCUCCUUGAUGUCCUACGCAAUGUUGGGGGCCUACAUUGCCCGAAUCAGUCAAGCCAAUCUCCGAGGCAGAGUGAUGAAGUCCAAGUCCAGGCAGAUGAUCACCGUUGCCCUGGUCAUCUUUGCUGUCUGUUUCUCCCCUCUCCAUGUUUGUGGGACAGUGGCUGCCAUUGUGAGAUACUAUGGUGUGUCCUGUGAGCUCCUAUACCACGCAGAAGUCACCUAUUACAUUGCUGUUGCCUUCAGCAUGGUCAACUGUUGCCUGGAUCCCUUCAUCUACAACUUUGCCAAUGAGAAAUUUCACAAGUUCUUUUCCAACUCCCUAAGAAGAUUGUGCCUCUCUAAGUGA